AUGACCCCAAAGACCCGUCCAGACUCUGAGAAAGGCCAGUCGACUGCGUACGCCAACGACACGACUGCAAGUGCAGAACCACAAGGAAUCGACGAGGCGCCUGUCGCGACAUCACACACAGAUGAAGACACCGACAUCGAAGCCACCACCUCUCAGGCAGGCAUGUCGCUCAAAACCGAGCAGGAUCUCGGCGAGGCGGUCGUCAAGGCGCAAGGGCCAGAGGAUGCAAACAUUUCCUUCCCCGAGGGCGGCUUCAAGGCUUGGCUUUGCGUUUUCGGUGGAUGGUGCUGCACUUUCAUUACAUUCGGAUACCUCAACUCCUACGGCAUAUGGCAGGAUUACUACCAGCAGACCACGCUCUCGCACAAGUCGCCCAGCCAAGUAGCCUGGAUAGGCGCGUUCCAGUAUUGGCUCAUGUUUGCGCCCGCCAUCUUUGCCGGUCGUCUGUUCGAUCUGGGCUUCUUUCGCCCCCUGUUCGCCUGCGGAUGUGUGCUCCUCGUCUUUUCGCAGAUGAUGCUGAGCUUGUGCACCGAAUACUACCAAAUCUUUCUAGCACAGGGAAUUGGAUUAGGUGAGUUUCAGUCUUCUCAUCGGCUCUUCCGAGUUUCAAGCCAGAUCUACUAA